AUGGCCACCAGUGUGAUGCAUCUUUUCACAUUCAUCAGUGUUGUUUCAGUCAUGCUCUCUCCGGCGGCCUAUGCUACACCAGGGACAGCCACUUUCUAUACAAACUACGUUCCGUCUGCAUGUUACGGGGACCAUGAUAGUGGUGUGAUGAUUGCAGCAGCGAGCGAUCCGCUGUGGGACAAUGGAGCUAUCCAGGGGCGGAACCAAGGGGGGCCCGGGGUCGAAAUUAAUCCUGGUUCCGCCACUGGAGCUAUCUGUGGAAAAACAUUCACAGUGAAAUGCACAGGGCCAGCAAAUCCCGUUCCUCAUCCUUGCACUGGCGAGAGUGUGACUGUGAAGGUCGUUGAUCACUGCCCUGGUUGCGGCGGAACCCUGGAUCUCUCCAAAGAAGCCUUUAAAGCUAUUGCUGACCCAGUUGCUGGGAUUAUCAAGAUUGAUUAA